UCAAAACUAUGAUUGUCGCCCUUGCUAAAAUACUCUCUUCAAAGGAGAAUUUAGCCGGCAUUUGGGAAGUUAGAUGUGGCAAUUUUUUGACAGGCAGUGUGAAGUAUUUUACCCAAAACUGACAAUUGUACAGACAAUAUGCCGCCAAAAGGAAAACAAGGAACUAAGGGGCAAAAACAGAUUGAAACAGAGAACAAACAGACAUUGUCAUUUUACAUGUACAUUGUUCUUUGUGUAAAUGUAUUAUUUUAUGGUGUCCAGUAUAUCCUAUUCAGCGAAUCAUUUACAACAUUUUACAUUGUAUUAUCAUUGUUGGCACUAUGUGUUUAUGGAGGUUGUUACAAGUUCAUGAGCAGUAUGGCUGGACAGGGAAUAGACAUAAAUAUGGAAUCUGGAAUGGCAGAGCAUGCAAAAGAUGUGUUAUUAUUGACAGCCAUUGUUGAAACCUUAGCAUUGAUCUCAAAUUAUUUCUGGUUAUUUUGGUUUGUUGCACCUGGCAGAGCAUUUUAUUUACUUUGGGUUAAUAUAUUAUCCCCAUGGUUCUUCCAAGAAGCUCCGGAAGUUGACGAAAAGAAGCAGAAAAAAAUGGACAGAAAACUAAAACGACAACAACGAUGAAAUUUUAGUUUUUAGGCAUCAAAGAAACUUUUAUUAUUGACCCUCUAAAUUAUUUGGGAAUUUUACAGUUGUGUGAUACCAUGAAAUUCAAAUGCACUCUUGAAAGUUUUCGUUGAAAUUUAUUCAUGCAUAAUGCUUGAUUAAAGAGAAAAGGAUGGAUAUUGAUUGGAAAUAAUGUUCAAAAAAUUAUUUCUGCUGGGCAGAAGUUUCAGGCAGCAAGUGUUGUCAAGAUUUCAUGAAAAUGGCAAUUUUUUAGGGGAACUUAAAUUGAAUUUUUACCUCACUGUUAAUGUGACAUGAAAUCAUCAAAGCAAUAUCAAUGAAAUAAUUUUAUGACUUUUACUCAUGUUUUACUAUUUUGUUAUACGUUUUUAUAAGCAAUGCAUUUGUCAAGUUAUUUAUCACACUAUUUUGGUUGCUUGAAACUACUUGAUAGAUUAUUGUUGGAAUAUUCAUUCAAACAUUACAAGAAAGAGCAACUAAACACACCAGUGGCAAGUCUUUCUAUAUUGCAUGUUGUCUGCUAGUUUACUUUUAAAAAGUUAACUGUCUGGUUAGUGUUUGUACUCAGGUGUCAAAUUGAGGGCACAGAUAAGCAUCUAGUGGGUUAUAUUCCAAAAGCAAAGCUGAAAUGGUGCCAUAUUAUCAUAAAACUGUUGAAGAAUCAAAGAUCAUGAUGAAAUGAUUUUUUAUGGAUAUUUUUGUAGGACAUGUGUUACUUAAUGGCAUAUGUUAUAUGGAGAAUAUGAUUUUAUUCAAGGCAUAUAAAUAUAAUUCUUGAAAGGGCAAUAACUUCUUUCAUGGUUGGAUGAGCAGGGGUGUCUGGCAGCCGCAGUCUUAUCCAUCAGUGUAGCUGGAAAAUCCACCUGUUGACAUGCAAAGUGUCUUGAAAUGCAUUAAAAAAAUUGAGUAUUAAUUUGAAAAUGAUAAAAAAAGUUGUAUACUGAUGCUGAGAUAUUGUUUGGUGUUGGCCAAGUUAAGCAUAUAUACAGGUAUUGUUAUUUUCAGGGUUCUUUUAAAAAAAUAUACUUCUUGUAUCUUGUUAACAGUUGUCUUUGAACUAUUAUUAAAUAAAAUUUGUACAUGUGUAUGAAAUGUUUUAAGUAAUUGGUUCAGUGGAUUUUUGACUUCUCUUGGAUGACAGGAUACAUGUUUCAUUUGAACCUUGGCCUAAGUCUAUACAAUUUAUGUUUGAAAUAUUUUAUUGUCAUUCCCUUUAAUUACAAUUUGUUUUCACAUUUAUGAUAUGAAUAAAGAUUUUAUGAAAAACUAA